AUGGCCAGCCUUCCAGCCACCAGCCAGUCGCCAGCCAGCCAGACAGCAGCCAGCCAUUCACCAGCCAGCCACCAGCCUGCCACCAGCCAAACAGCCAGCCACCAGUCAGACACCAUCCAGCCAGCCGCCAUCCAGACACCAGCCACCAGCCAGACAGCAGCAGCCAGCAGCCAGCAGCCAGCCAGCCACCAGCCGACCACCAGCCACCAGCCGACCACCAGCCAGCCACGAUCCAGGUACCAGCCUGCCGUCCAGCCUUCCGGCAACCAGAAAGCCACCAGCCAACCAGCCAGCAAGCAGCCAGCCAGCCAGCCUACCAGCCUGCCUGUCUGCCAGCCAGCCAGCCACCAGCCAGCCACCAACCAGCCACUAGCAAACCAGCCUCCAGCCAGCCAGCCAGAAACCAGCCAGCCACCAGCAAAGCCAGGCUCCAGCCAGCCAUCCACUAGCCAGCCAGCCAGCCACCAACCUGCCACCAGCCACUCAGCCAGCCAGCCACCAGCCAGACACCAGCCACCAGCCAGCCAGUCAGCCACCAGCAAGCCAGCAACCAGCCAUCCAACCAGCCAGCAGCCAGCCAGCCACCAGCCAGCAGCCUACCACCAGCCAGCCACGAUCCAGGUAACCAGCAUGCCGGCCAGCCUUCCGGCCGCCAGAAAGCCACCAGCUAGCCAGCCAGCCACCCGCCAGCCAGCCAGCCAGCCAGCCAGCCACCAGCCAACCAGCCUGCCAGCCAGCCACCAGCCAGCCACCAACCAGCCACCAGCAAACCAGCCUCCAGCCAGCCAGAAACCAUCCAGCCACCAGCAAGCCAGGCUCCAGCCAGCCAACAAGCCACCAGCCAGCCAGCCUGCCACCAGCCAGCCAGCCACCAGCCUGCCAGCCAGCAAUCCAGACACCAGCCACCAGCAAGCCAGCAACCAGCCAGUCAGCCAGCAGCCAGUCAUUAGCCUCCAACCUGCCACCAACCUGCCAGCCAGCCAGCAGCCAGCACCAGCCAGUUACCAGCCAGCCACCAGCCACCAGCCAGCCAGCAACCAGCCAGUAAGCCAGCAGCCAGCCACUAGCCUCCAACCUGCCACCAGCCUGCCAGCCAGGCUUCCAGCAACCUGCCAGCCACAAGACAGUUACCAGCAGGCCAGCCAGCCAGCAGCCACCAGCCACCAGCCUGCCACCAGCCAAACAGCCAGCCACCAGUCAGACACCAUCCAGCCAGCCGCCAUCCAGACACCAGCCACCAGCCAGACAGUCAGCCACCAGCAAGCCACCAGCCAGCCGGCCACCAGCCAGCCACUAGCCAGUCAGCCACCAGCCACCAGCAAGCCAGCCAACAGCCAGCCAUCCAGCUUACAGCCGGCCACCAGACAGCAACAAGCCACCAACCAGCCAGCCAGCCGGCCACCAGCCAGCCACAGCCACCAGCCAGCCACAGCCACCAGCCAGCCACAGCCACCAGCCAGCCAGCAUACAGCCACCAGCCAGCCAGCCACCAGCCAGCCACCAGCCAGUCACCAUCCAGUUACCAGCAAGAUGGCCAGCCUUCCAGCCACCAGCCAGUCGCCAGCCAGCCAGACAGCAGCCAGCCAUUCACCAGCCAGCCACCAGCCUGCCACCAGCCAAACAGCCAGCCACCAGUCAGACACCAUCCAGCCAGCCGCCAUCCAGACACCAGCCACCAGCCAGACAGUCAGCCACCAGCAAGCCAGCAACCAGCCAGCCAGCAGCCAGCAGCAAGCCAACAGCCACCAGCCGGCCACCAGCCACCAGCCUGCCAGUCAGCCUGCCAGCCAGCCUUCCUGCCACCAACCAGCCAGCAAGCCAGCCAGUCACCAGCCUGCCACCAGCCAGCCACCAUCCAGCAAGCCAGCCUACCACCAGCCAGCCACCAGCCAGCCACCAGCCAGCCACCAGCCAGUCACCAUCCAGUUACCAGCAAGAUGGCCAGCCUUCCAGCCACCAGCCAGUCGCCAGCCAGCCAGACAGCAGCCAGCCAUUCACCAGCCAGCCACCAGCCUGCCACCAGCCAAACAGCCAGCCACCAGUCAGACACCAUCCAGCCAGCCGCCAUCCAGACACCAGCCACCAGCCAGACACCAGCAAGCCAGCCAGUCACCAGCCUGCCACCAGCCAGCCACCAUCCAGCAAGCCAGCCUACCACCAGCCAGUCACCAGUCAGCUGCGAUCCAGUUAUCAGCCUGCCGGCCAGCCUUCCAGCCACUAGUUGGCCCCCAGCCAGCCAGCCAGCCACCAGCCAGCCAGCCAGCCACCAGCAAGCCACCAUCAAGCCAACCAACCUGCCAGCCACCAGCCAGCCACUAUCCACCAGCCAACAACAAGAUACCAGACAGCCAGACACCAGCCAGCCACCAACCACCCACCGGCAAACCAGCCUCGAGCCAUCCAGCCAGCCAGCCGGCCACCAGCAAGCAACAAGCCACCAACCAGCCAGCCGGCCGCCACCAGCCAGCCACUAGCCACCAGCCAGCCACUAGCCACCAACCAGCCAGCAUAUAG